AAUUACAAUAAUUAUAAGCAAUUAUGAGUAUCACAGUAAAUCGUGAGAUAUGAAUUUUGAUUUUUACAGCCUCUAUUACAUACCUUCAAUGUUAUAUAGUCCAUAUGAAGAAAUAUAAGUUACAAUGCAAACAAGAUUACGCGUAUUGCAAAUAUUAUUAAUUUUAUGCAUUUUUCAUCAGAAAGAAAAAUGUACCGCGAUCAAGUGUUAUCAGUGCAGCAGUAAAGAGGAUGAAGAUUGCUCCGUUAACAAAGUACAUUUUAAAUAUCUCAAGCUAUGCCCGUCGGGUCAUCCGUAUUGCCGUAAAGCCGUUUACGUGUACUACUUCAUGGAUAGCCAUAACGACCUGACGAUGCGCGAAUGCGCAAAGUCGCGGAACAGAGAAUGUUAUCGAGGACGCUAUAGUCGGGAUAGUUAUCAGCUUGUCUGCGAAUGUGUGGGUUACGGUUGCAAUCGAUCCCGACGAAGCUCACCCAGUCUCGCGAUCUACUUUCUAUGUACGCUCCUCGUGAUUGUUGACUUUAUUAGGCGCAAUCAUCCAAAUUGAUUAAGAUGUUCCAAAAAUACGUUCCCUCAUUCAGCAAACCCUAAUAUAGUUGUAUCGCGCUCUUUCUUGCGUAUCUACCAGCUGUAGCCGCGCCAUUAAUUUACACAUGUAAUAAUUAUCCUUUCUGUUAUAGUAUUAGAAUUAUAGAAUAGUAAAAAAAAUAUAAUAAUAGAUUAAAUGUUAUACAAGAUAUAUAAUAAUAUAAAUAUAUAUUCGCUCGUGCGAAAUACAGUCUAAUAUGCGUUCAUAAUAAUUGUUGAAGAUUGACAUCAUGAAAUAAUGAAUGAGAUAAAUGAAUAAAAAUAAAAAGAGAUAACGAAACUGCAUAUUUUAUACUCGAUAUGUUGUGUCACAGUUAUACGCGGAUUAACAAUAAAAAAUAAUGAUUGCUACGCUGUUUUAUCAUACACACAAUUCGACCGAUCAUGCAGCAUUGUUUCAGGAAGUAACAAGUACCCGUGAUAUAUACGAGCACUGCACGACGUAGUAGCUUCCGUUUCGCCAAUCACGAUAUAUAGACGCAACGAGAUAGAUUAUAUAACGACUAAGAGAGAGAUGGAGAGAGACAAAGAUGGAAAAAUGGCGAGAGAUGACAUCGCGAGCGAGACAAGGUCGCCGGAGUACAAGGGACAAUAAUUGAAAGCAAGAGUUGGUUUGUGCGGCAGAAAGAAAAGAGAAAAAAAUAUAUAUGUGCAGAAAAUGUAGACAUAGAUAUAGUUAGGUCCUCUUUCCUCCGCACGCGAUAUUCUCUUCGCGGCAUGGCAGCUGAAAACUGCACGCGGGCGUAGACAGGCGGCGUCGAGCGGCGUCGACGCGACGACGCCGAGGGUGACUCGGAUGGGGUGACAGGCGCCACCACGGCGGGCAUCUCUGCCCCCGUGCGUCUCACCCUUCUUAAUAACCCUUCGUCUUAUUCCGUAUGCCCCAUUCAAUGCGUAUCGAUUGAGAUUUAACGGGACUUUCGCGGACCCGGAUAUUCAAAUUCAUUUCAAUGUCGCAAGAGUCUGCAUUUUU